GCGAACACGUGCACCAGGUUUGGUUCUCUCAGAAUUUGUAAAUAGCUUCUUCUUCCUCAAUAAUUGAGGAGUGAUAUUGAGGGUGAUGUUUUACGUCAUUGGAUUGGGACUCGGUGAUGCCAGUGAUGUCACUGUGAAGGGGUUAGAAAUUAUUAAAAAAUGUGAGAGAGUUUAUUUGGAGUCUUAUACGUCAAUGUUGACAGUUGGGGUUGAUGCACUGGAAGAAUUCUACGAUCGACCUGUGAUAGUAGCAGAUCGUGAAUUAGUGGAGACAGGAGCCGACGAGAUCCUGAAAGACGCAGAGACAUCGGACAUAGCAUUCCUGGUGAUUGGAGAUCCCUUCGGAGCAACAACCCACACUGACUUGGUCCUCAGGGCCAAGGAGAAGGGAAUAAAAGUGCAGAUUGUCCACAAUGCCUCGAUAAUGAACGCUGUGGGUUGCUGUGGGCUCCAGCUCUACUCCUUCGGCGAGACAAUAUCCAUUCCCUACUGGACAGACACCUGGCAGCCAGACAGCUUCUACGAGAGAAUCGCUGGGAACAGGAGUCGUGAUCUUCACACUUUGUGUUUAUUAGACAUCAAGGUCAAGGAGCCAACGCUCGAGAGCCUCAUGAGAAGGAAAAAAGAGUACAUGCCACCGAAAUUCAUGAGCGUGGCUGAGGCCUCUGAUCAGCUGAUUCGAGUUUUAGAUAAGAGGAAAGAGGAGGGGAAAGAAAUAGCAUUCACCGAGGACUCCCUAGUGAUCGGUCUCUCCCGCGUGGGAUCCUCAGACCAAAGAAUACUCGCCUGUCCCCUCUCCGAGAUGCGUUCAACAGACCUGGGGGCCCCUCUCCACUGCCUGGUGAUCCCCAGCCGUCACCUGCACCCCCUGGAAUCCGAGUACCUCCUGCAAUUCGCCUCGAACCCCGAGGAAUUCACCAGAGCCUCGAAAUCACCGAAACUUUAAUCUCCAAUCAGUCCCGAAUAAAAACACGACAAAACGUCAGACUAAUGUAUUCGCCUUUUUCCUCUCCCAGUCCUUUGAGUCCCGUUGUAUGCAAAUAUAUGUGAAUGAAAUCAAGGGUUGUGGUAGGGGUUUAACGCGUGCCGGUUGUUGUACUGCCAGGUGGCCAUGGAGAAUUUUGAAUCGAUCGACUAGACAUCGAGCGCGUUUGUGGCAUCGAAGGUGAAAUUUAACCGGGGGAGUUUCACCAGACAGGCCAGUUGUGCUUGGGAAUGCUUGCUACACAUACGUAACACUCGUGCCUGUCACCGACCAUCACCGGUCUUUAUCCUUCUUAACUUCACAAGCUCCAGAUAUAUCUUCCGAACGCUAGGAUUAGUGAAAAAGUGAUUUAAUGUCCUCAAGGUAUUUUUUUAGAAUGCCCUUCUGGAAUUUUCGUUUACGUUGUAGUUGUUCUACAGAUGGAUAGAUCGAAGCAAUUUAUUGUUUCUCUAAAAUGCAAAAGAUCUGAGGGAAUACUAAAAGAUAACAUAAUUUACGCAACUUAUCAUUAAUUUUAUUUUGUUGCCAUUUUCAUUAUUGUUUUGUAAUUUCUUAGUUUUUCAUUCAUUCAUUGAUUUAUUUGUUUAUUAAUUCCUUUUCCUCUGCUUUUUAAAGCUAUAUUAGUCAAAUAGUUAUUAUUACAUAUCUUCAUUGCUCAACAUAAUCAAAAGAGGAAGAAAAUGGCAAUUCAGGCACAAAUGAAACGGGAGAAGAGUUUUUUUUAUCAAUGAAAUUUUAAUGAAAUGAUUAAGGGUGAAAGAAAAUAUAAUAGAACGGAUAAAAUUAUUUUAUUUCUUAUUUUUUUGAAGAUCCCCUCAGGAAAUACUGACA